AUGCGGUCGGACGAAUGGUGGGGCGCGGCGGCGAGGUUUCGUGGCGCGCGCCGACCGAGCCGCGUGUUUAUUUGGUUGCCGUCCGUCGCGGCGCGUACCUUCAAUAUAUUCGUUGCGGGGCCGUGCUCGGUGCUGUUGCUGUUGCCGUCGCUGCUAUUGCCGCCGAUCGCUCCGGCGUUGUGCCUCUCGCUCCAAAACUGUGUCACUGGGUGGGCAGAGGUACCACAUCACUGUAUAGUUAUAUCGGCGUGCGUCGGCCGGCUCGCGGGAUCAGUGGGUCGUCCGCGGUGGUCCGGGGAACAGGCGCAGCACAGCACCGGCCUACAAGAGCGUUCGGUGAUUUUGUCGUCCGCGCGUGUAUCGCAGUCGUUGUUAUAUUUUCCGUCGAUUCCAAAUAUUAUUAUUGCCGCGUCGUUCGCGCGCGAGUCUCCGUCGUUAGCCGUGCUCCGGCCAGCACCGGGACCGGGACACCGGCCGGGUCGAGUACUUGAACAUGUUCAAGAAAGAAAAACCCAUGAUGUCCGUGUCGGCCAUCAUACAGAGCAGGGCGGCUCAUCACCACUGGGGCAGAGGUAA